AAGGGGGCGGGGCCUGAGCUCUUCUUUCCUGGUUCGUGUGUGUGUGUGUGUGUGUGUGUGUGUGUGUUUUCUCACCAGCUGAAAAUGGCGGCUCGGAGCGUCGAAUCGCUCUAACUUUAUCGCACAAUAAUAAACACAGCUGUUAUCACACAACAUGGGGAGGAACUUUACCCAGGGACACCAGACGCUCUAGCCGGGACACAUUACUUUCACCACUCCGGCUGAAGGAGUUAACACUCGGAGAGAUCAUGGAGGACCCUCACACACGGUACAGCAAACGCCUGCGUACAGGGACGCGUCGCCGCUACCAGGACGAUGGAAUCUCAGAUGAUGAAAUCGAAGGGAAACGGAUGUUCGACCUGGACGAGAAGUUGCAGUGUGUCAGGUUUAAGUCUGACUUGGUCAAACACAUGAAGGGUAAAGAUUUCACAUUUGAGUACAUCCAGAGGGAAGGUCUCAGGGAUCCCAUUAUCUUUGACACAGCUGAUGGCCUUGGCAUACAAAUGCCGGACCCUGAUUUCAGUGUGAGUGACGUCAAGUUGUUUGUUGGAAGUCGACGCAUUGUAGACGUGAUGGACGUGAACACCCAGAAAGGAAUUGAGAUGUCGAUGGCUCAGUGGAGACGCUACUAUGAAACGCCGCCAUCUGAAAGAGAAAAACUUUACAACGUCAUCAGCCUGGAGUUCAGCCACACCAGGCUGGAGAAUCUGGUCAAACGACCGGCUUCAGUGGACCUUAUUGACUGGGUGGACAACAUGUGGCCCCGCCAUCUUAAAGAGAGACAGAGAGACUCUACUAAUGCCAUCAUAGAAAUGCAUUAUCCCAAAGUACAGAAGUACUGUCUCAUGAGUGUGCAGGGCUGCUUCACCGAUUUCCACAUUGACUUUGGAGGCACUUCAGUGUGGUACCACAUCCUGCGAGGAGGAAAGGUGUUCUGGCUGAUUCCACCCACACCACAGAACCUGGAGUUGUAUGAGAACUGGGUUUUAUCAGGAAAACAAGGGGACAUCUUCUUGGGGGACAAGUGUUAUGACUGUCAGAGGAUAGAGCUCAAGCAAGGCAACACCUUCAUAAUCCCGUCAGGGUGGAUCCAUGCCGUUUACACACCAGAGGACACGUUGGUGUUUGGGGGAAAUUUCCUCCACAGUUUUAACAUCCCCAUGCAGCUCAACAUCUACAGCAUUGAGGAUCGCACAAGGGUGCCAGCAAAGUUCCGUUACCCGUUCUACUUUGAGAUGUGCUGGUACGUCCUGGAGAGAUACCUCUACUGUCAAACUAACAUCUCCCACCUCACUCCUGAGUUCCAGAAAUACUCCCUAGGCAUAGGACUGACACAGGCUGACCUUGAAACCAAUGAUCCCACCAAGAAUGACACCUCUAAUGGAGUUGACAGUGACACUGAAAUCAAGGAGACCAUAAUCAAGGAAGUAGAAGUUAAAGAAGAAAAAGAGACAGCUGAAGUUACGACACCUCAGCACAUGUUGACUCCCUUUGAGGUGGAGGGACUGUGGAACCUCUUAGGGAAGCUGGAGGAGCUGCCAGACCAGAAAAAGUGUGUCCCUGAAGGCAUCAUGAAUGCUGCAGCUCUGCUCCAAGACAUGAAGACUCUUCUGAAAGGGCAUUCCAAUGAUAACCCCAAGUUGUCCUACACUGGAGAGCCCAUUGUCAAAUGGCCCGAAAGGCCGUCGUGGUACCAGCCCCCCACUCCCCCUCCCCCUGUCAUUUACCGUCCUCGCUUGGGCCCCACCCUCCACAAGCCUCUGGGUCAGAGGCCCACCAAACGGUCCUCCAUCUCUGCCCUGAGGCGCAGACGGGUCAGGUGUAAGCGCUGUGGCGCCUGCUGCAGGAAGGAGUGUGGCACCUGCCAGUACUGCCACGACAUGAGGAAGUUUGGUGGCCCGGGACGCAUGAAGAAGGGCUGCAUCAUGAGACGGUGUCUAAUGCCUGCCUUACCGAACACAGCGCGAUGUGCCAUAUGUGGAGAAGGGGAAUUGGAUGAAUCAAAUCCGAGCACUUACUCACUCAUGGAGUGCUCUGUCUGCUCCCAGAUCGUCCAUCAUCAAUGCAUUAAGGAACCGGGUGAAGGGAAGAUCAAUAAAGAUUUGCCCAGCUGCUGGGAAUGCCCCAAAUGUUACCAAGGCAAAGACUUGGAGUCUUCCAGCGAUGAGGAAAGUGGAGAGUCGGAGGGCUCGACCUCUUUGCCGCCGUCCAAACUUGCCUACAGGGAAGGCAUUGGUGUAGGUGAAGGAGUUAGACAAGGGAAACCUAGCAGAUCCUCAUCCCGAUCCACAGCACCACCACCAUCUCAGAAACUUCUACUGCAGCAUCAACAGAACCGCAAAAGAGCAAAUGCACUGGAGCUCAGACUUAGGAGGAGGAUAAAACUAGAGCGCAGCAAACUCCUAACGAAACAGUCGUCUCUAGAGCGUUCUCCCAGGCUGCUGCGCUCCGGGGUAUUGUCUGGGCUGCGCUCUCCAACCAGCAGACUAUCUCAGGGCAGAGGCCAGGGCUCCAGCUGGGCGAGUGGCUCCUCUUACCACAGCUCUCCAGGAGUGACUGGGUCUUUCCAACAGCAGUCUUCCCUCGGACUGGUUCUGGAGCCCAAGGGGGAGCCCCGCAGAGGGAGGGGGAGAGGGGUGAGGCUGCGGGGAGGAGGAGCAGGAAGAGGAAUCAGAGGUGGUGGAAGCCACGAAAAGUUGGAGGAGGAGAGCGAGGACAGCAGCAGCAGCAGCAGCAGCACCACCAACAGCAGCAGCAGCAGCAGCAGCAGCGACGACGAGGAAGAGGAGAGAGGGCAGAACAGUGGGAGGGGACUGGAUAAAGAGAACCAGCCGCAGUCGAGGCGAGGAGGACGGGCAGCCAAAGAAAGAGAGGAGGAAGCGAGCGAGGUGGCCAACCAAAACUGUGCAGAGGAGGAUGAUGAGGACGAGAUGGAUCAGGACAGUGACACAAGGAGCAAAGAUGGCUCGUUUCUUAAAGUGACACUCCAAAAGCCAACCAGAGCCAAACAGGACCCGUCAGCAAUUGUGCCCAAAUUAGAAGCGAUCGCCCCUCAAACUGCCACUUCCACAAUACAGAACCAGGCCAGAGUCCUCGUCAGACCCCCCAUUAGAAACCAUGUCCCCUGUCCCGAUCAACACUCCACUAAGCACACACCUCCUCACACUCGUAGUAAACACACAGACACUCGCACCUCCCACCCAGAGAGGCUGGAGGACUCCAAAAAAAGGAGGCUGAGCAGGCCAGCUAAAAUCAGCAAUGGCGCCUCCUCUUCUUCAACCUCUGAGCUUCCCCACCUCCGCGUCCCUCUGUCCGCCCUGCAGGAGGGAGGGAGCGAGGCAGACAGGGAGAACAGUGGCAGCGGACCAGGCUGUGAGAGGGAGGUGUGGGUAUCCGUCUUCCGGUACUUGAGUCGAGCAGAUCUCUGCGUCUGCAUGGCCGUCUGCAAGAACUGGUACAAAUGGUGUUUAGACAAGCGGCUUUGGGCACGGAUUGAUCUGAGCAUCAAACGCACCGUUACUCCUCAGGCCCUUAAAGGCAUCAUAAAGAGACAGCCGGUCACGCUGGAUCUGUCUUGGACCAACAUCUCUAAAAAACAGCUCAACUGGCUUGUUGGCCGCCUGCCUGGGCUGAAGGAUCUGAUGGUGGCAGGUUGUUCCUGGUUAACUAUUUCAGCUCUCUGCUCCUCUGGUUGCCCUCUCCUCCGUUCUCUGGACCUGCGGUAUGCAGACGGCGUCAAGGACUCUCAGAUCAGGGAUCUAGUCACACCUCCAGGUUGUGACAAUCGCAGUCAUUUCCGGACCAUGCAGUGUUUGCGACUAGCAGGCCUGGACAUCAGCGACUCCACUCUGCGCCUGGUGAUCCGCCACAUGCCCCAUUUAACAAAACUGGACCUCUCCCACUGCAACAGCCUCACAGACAACUCCAUCAACCUGCUGACUGCAGUGGGCUCGUCCACACGAAACACGCUCACAGAACUCAACCUGGGAGGUUGCAGUAAACUGACUGACACUAGUCUCAAGUAUCUCCGCCGCCUCUCUUGCAUCUCACUGCUCGACCUGCGAGGCUGUAAAGGUGUCUCCCGCAAGGCCUGUGAGGCCUUCAUCUCCGAGCUGUCAGUCAACACGCUCUACUGCCUGUCAGAUGAAAAACUGAUCCAGAGGAUUUCCUAAGCAUCUGCCUCCUGACUGCAGAGGAUAUUUGAGGUGCGAAGGCAACAGUGAAUCUGUGUAACACAAAGGACACAGACAGGGAGGGAAGUCCACAUGCACCUGUACCACGUUAAAGGAGGGGUGGUGUCUAAACUGGGAGUGCUUACUCACGUAACUGGUGUUGGUGAAAGGGGUUGUCACAGCUGAAACAAUAUUUCUUUUUAUAACAUAAUGUACAUUUUUCCGUUUACAGUAAAAGGAGACUCAUUUUUCUUUUUUUCAGUUCUUUUGGGAAUUAAUGUGGAAUGGGGGAAAAGCAAAAUGUCUUCUUUUUUUUUGGCAGAAGUUGGAGAACAUGGUCAAUCAAUUCUGUUAUUUGACUGCACUUCCUUUGGAUAACCAAGUGCUCAACUCUUUGGACUGACGGCAAUCUUGACUCACAAACUUCUUCCUUGAGUCAGACUUCUGAGUUUCAUCUUCGGGUUGUAACUGCAUUGUUAUGUUUGGCUGAUUCCCAUAAAGUCUUAUUUAUCUUG